AUGUUGCAAACUUUGGUGUUCGUUCUUGGAGCAGCUUUCUUCAUCUUUAAACUUGUCCAGUACCUGCGCCAGCAGCAGAUCAGAAACAAGUACAACUGCAAGCCAUGCACUGCAUUAAAGACCUCCAAUUGGAAGGAGUACUUCGGGUUAGACGUCUUGGUUGACUGGAAGAAGGACUUGGCACGAGGUUUGAAGCAUCAUGUCACCUACGGAAAAUUCCAAAGGAUGCAAGUAUCAACAUUCAAGCACCGUGUCAUAUUCAGAUGGGAUAUUAUGACCACUGACCCGGAGAAUCUUCGCCACAUGAAAAGCUCAGCUAAUUUCAAGUUUUGGAACACGGGAGACAGACCGCAAGCGUUUGAGCCGUUGAUGGGCGAUGGCAUCUUUUCGAGCGAGGGCGCAAGUUGGAAACAUAGCAGGGUGAUGCUCAGGCCGUUUUUCAACAAGGAAAACAUCAAGCACAUCACCAUGAUGGAACCGUUUGCCAAGGACGUCAUUAGAUUGUGCCAAAGGAGUCGCGAGAAUAUUGAUCUCCAACAGGUUUUCCAUUACUUCACCAUGGACUACACCACUAAAUUCUUGAUGGGCGAAAGCUGUGAUUCGUUAAAGGAUGCCUUGGACGAGGUGACUCCGAAUUCAAUCAACAAGGACUUGAAAUCGGGAUUCGCGAGUGCGUUUGACAAGUGUGCCGAGAUCUUGACGUUACGGGUCCUCUUGGGCAAAAAAUUAAUGUGGCUAACCAACUCGAAGAAGUUCCAAGAAGCAGUGGAAAUCCAGCACUCCUUUGUCCGCUACUAUGUGCAAAAGGCAAUCGCAAUGGAUAAAGAUGAGUUGGACAAAAACAGCGACAAUGGCACUUGUUUCCUAUACGAGAUUGCAAAGCACACCAAGGACCCCAAGGUCUUGCAAGAUGAGAUUAUGAACAUCAUCUUGGCAGGAAGAAACACGACCGCCUCGCUUCUUUCCAUGUUGUUCUUUGAGCUCUCGAGGGAGGAGAACAAGCACGUUUGGCACAAAUUGAAUCGAGAAGUCAGAGCUGCUUUCCCUUCGAUCGAGAGUAUUACUUUUGAAAGCAUCAACAGGUGUGAAUAUUUAAAGUGGUGUCUUUAUGAAAUGCUCAGAUUCAACCCCGCGGUGCCGGUGUUUUCCAGGACCGCUGCAACGGACACCAUCUUGCCACGCGGCGGAGGCAAAGAUCAAAAGUCGCCGAUAUUUGUUGCAAAGGGGCAAGUGGUAAUCUACGCAGUCCUCGCAGCCCAUCGCAAUGCCGAGAACUUCGGUGAGGACCCGGAUACUUUCAGCCCUGAAAGAUUUGCCGAACCUCCCAAGAACGGUGCAUUUAUGCCGUUUGGAUUCGGGCCCCGUUUAUGCUUGGGGCAACAACUAGCAAUGACUGAGGCUAGUUAUCUCACCAUCAUCAUGUGUUUAACAUUUAGCGAGAUUGAAAAAGUGGGAAACUUGCCUUAUCCUCCAAGAACAUCUAGCUCGGGAACUCAACGGCUCAUGGACGGUUGCCGCGUGAGAUUGAAAUAA